AUGGCGGAGGCGAUGAUCAGCCGCAUCACCGACACUGACAGCUGGACGUCGUGCGAGGGUUAUAUCAGCGCCAUCCCGGACCACAUACGGGAGACACUGGAGCUGUUCACUGUGACGCUCUCCAGCCCCGACGACACGGACCAGCCACGCAUGACGCGCUCCCACCUGGAUCACCGCCUUCUCGACGACAUGGAGAGCGUGCAGCGGGCGACUCCCUCGGACAGGAUAGCCGUCCGCAACACACGUCGUCGCGUGGGGCGCGUGCAUGCGGCGCAAGCUAAGACUCGGCUGUGCCAAAGGCUUGCCAAGGACGAAGCGUCGUGCGUGGCGAAGAUCAUCAGCCAAGCUGCACCACCAGAAGCGACGGCGGUGUACCCCGACACCUGCCCAAUCGGUCGAGAGGAGCUCCACCGCCACUUCGUCGGCACCAACGCGCCCCGGAAUUCCUUCGACUGUGAGAGUGACCGAGGUCAGGAGUUCCGGGAAGGUCAGGAGUUCCGGGAAGUGCUGAGCAACUUCGAGCCAGCAACACACGAGGCAGCCACAUUUGACGAGGAGCUCACGGUGGACGAGGUAGAGUCCCAGCUCCUGCGGGCGGCCAUGGCCUCCAGCCCAGGGCACGACGGUGUCGGGUACGAUGUGUACCGACGCUUCGCAGUCCAGCUCGCGCCCCUGCCCCACGCCGAGUUCCGGGCGUGUUGGUUGCAUCGGAGGGUGCCCGCCCUGUGGGAGGUGGGCAUC